UUAGCUGGCUCUAAAAAAAUAGGACUUCCAUAAUCCACAGUAGCACUGUAUACUUAAAAAAAUAAAUAAACAUUGUUUAAUACAAAUAUUACUAGUCAAUAGUAAUAAGAAAAUAACAUUGAUCAUAGUGUAUAUAUGCUUGAAAUAAAUAUUAUCCAAGAUUUUAUAACUAUAUUUCAAAAUCGUACCAUGCUGAAUGCAAUUUGUAAAUAAAGUAUAAUAUAAGUAAAUAUUGCAAUGUAUACAGAAGUAGAUGUUUUUGUCUCGAAUUACACACUGAUAGACCCAGAAAUUUACCAAUUAUGGAUUGAAGGCUGUUCCUCAAGCGAAGCAGUGUCAACUUUACACCAAAGAGCAGUAACCAAGCAAACUGGGGCCACUGUAGAGUUGAUAGCAAGUGAUGUCCUUGAUCAUUAUCGGACAUUUGCCCUGUUGGAGCGUCUGCUGACCGUUCCGGCUAAGCUAUCGGAACAGAUGAUCUUUCAGCUCGAUGAGCCCACCAAGCAGAUGCUUAUAGAGAAAUAUUACGAGUUGGACGACGCAGUGAUCCGGGAGCUGGUCGGCCGUAAGCUGUCGUCUCGCCACCGCAAGGACCUGGACGAGGUGUCGGAGCGUUCGGGGGCGCCCCUGCGCUGCUGCCGGCGCCAGUUCGACAACGUUAGGCGCGUCUUCAAGGCCGUGGAGGAGAUGCCGGGCUCCGUGGUGGCUAACGUGCGAGCCACUUUCCUGCUCUCCGAGCGUCUCGCCGCCAAGUACGGCGCCGUGGUCUUCCUGGCCUGCAUGCGCUUCGAUACGGCCAAACGUAAGCUGCAGUACCUGUCGUUUUCGGAGCUGGCCGGGUGUGCGCGAUCGGUCCAGGCGGGCUGGACCUACGGCUGCUCGGGCCCGGAGUACUACGACACCGAGAUGGACCGCGAGUUCCUGCUCGAGCUGAGGGAGCUUCGAGUGCUGCUCGACAAGGAAAAGGAGCAUAAGCAGUGCGUCCUCGUAUCGUCCCGUAUCGAAUGUCGUCCUCUUCUCGUCGCUCAAAAUAAAAUUAUCGCUUUUCGUUUCAGCCUGGUGUGCAUGCGUCUCAAGCCCAAGCUCCUGGAGAAGUCUUAUCAAGAGUUGGAGCUCAACUUCAGGGUUUACACGCGCGCCUUGGUGGGAGUGGCCUGUAAUCUGCAUCGGGCGAGAGAACUGCGCUCUCUGUUCAUCGAUCUGUUGGAGAGAUGCAUCGAGCCUCUGCGCGCGGGGGGAUGGCCGAAGUCCGACCUGUCUCAGUUCCUCGCCGCCUACGAGCAGUGCGCGCUUCAGAUGGACGUAUUACGGGAGGCGGAUCUGAAGUCCGUGUGGGAGCGAUACAUGCGCGUCAUCAGCCAAUGUCUGCUCACGAUGUACCACUCGUAGCUGCGCAAGUUUGCAUCGCGGAAUUCAAUUAUAUAUUUAUGUAUGUAUUAAAAAGAACUUUAGACCGUGGAAUUGUCUUUAGUGAAUUAAAAUGAAUUUCUUGAAUGGACUCGUAAAUAAAGCAACUAUUAAAGAAAUGCUCUUUUCAUUACC